AUGGGGCUGAGCACCGAUGCUACCAUGAUAGGGGGCAUCACCUGCGAGCUCACAUAUCACCUGCCGGCGCAUCACGCCCAACAUAUAUGCGUGGUCGUAUCGGAGGAUAAUGUGCCCAUCGAGUACGUCGAUGUGCCGCCACCAAACUGGCCGGAGCACUUCCGCGACCUGCUGCUGAGCGAGCUGGGCGCGGACGUGAGGUUCCGGGUGGGCGGCGAGACCUUCCCCGCGCACCGCUGCGUGCUCGCGGCGCGGUCGCCCGUCCUCAAGGCCCAGCUCUUCGGCCGCGGCGCCGUCGGCGAGGGUUCUCCCGACGUACACGUCGUCGACGGCGUGGGGGCCGACGUGUUCCGCCAGCUGCUACAUUUCAUAUACACCGACUCGUUGCCGUCGUCGGCCGAGGAGCAGGGCAAAGAGGAGGCGGCCGCCAUGGCUCGGCAUCUGCUGGAAGCCGCUGAUAGGUACGGGCUCGAGAGGCUCAGGCUCGUGUGCGAGAAGACGUUGUGCGGCCACAUUGAUGCGACUACGGUGGUGGCUACUCUGACGUGGGCGGAUCACCACCGCUGCCACGGCCUCAGGAUGGCGUGCUUUGGGUUUGUGAAGUCACUGGUGAGAACGGGCGCGGUCAGGGCGAUAGAGGGUUUGGAGGACUUCAUUAGAGGCUACCCAUCGCUAAUGAUAGAGCUGCUGCACAGGAUUGCCAAUCUGCCGGUUCCUGGCGAAGUAGACGAUCAAGAAAUGGAUGAUGAAUUAGCGGAUGAUGAAUUGUGA